AUGAAAUUCAAAGCCUUCCUCACAGAAAACGGCAUCAACCUCCUGGAGAAACGGAUCCUACCCGCCCUGGACAAAAUGGGGCGGGUCUGCCACCUUUACCUGACCCGCGACCACGCCUUCUUCCUCCACAACCUCCUCUCCGCCGACGGCGUCCACUCCGUCGCCCAAUUCAGCAAGGAAUCCCUCUUCCACGACUACCGCAUCUCCAGCAACAACGAUGACCGCAUCGCCUUCUCCGUCGACCUCUCCCUCCUCCACCGCGCCCUCCGCUCCGUCCUCGCCAUCCGCGACGCCAAUUCCAACGCCCUCCUCAUCAAGCUCGUCAAAAAGCUCCCCCCCAAUUCCACCCAAGCCACGCCCUUCCUCACCUUCGAGGCCCGGGGCCACAAAUCCGCCGUCGUCCAGGACGUCCCCGUCUCCAAACCCCUCUCCCGCGCCGACGUCCACGAGCUGCACCUCGCCGUUGAGAGCUGCGAGCAGCUCCCGGCCACCCUCGUCAUGGCGCCGGAGCUGAACUCGCUGCACAACUUCGUGGACGGGAUGAAGCACGUGGGCGACGUGAUGGGGGUCUCGGUGAGCAAGUACGGUGACCUGCAUUUGCAGAUCUCGACCUCGCUGAUCUCGCUUGGGGCGGAGUUCAGGAAGCUGAGGGUUUUAGGGGAGAGGGCGGAUCCGGUGGCGGAGGACGAGGGGGUGAGCGCGCAGAUUAGGGCGGAGAGAGGCGUGCAGAGGGGGGAUGCGAUGAGUGUGCAAGUGAGCGUGAAGCAUUUCUUCAAGAGUCUGCAGUGUAGCUUGGCAAAGCCCGACUGCGCCUUCUUCGGGAUUGCUCCGCAGAGUGCUUGCCUCAUGCUGUUCUUCCAGUUCUUUGUACCGGGAACCAGGCUCACCGAUAACUCAUUCAGUCUGCAUUGCAGGCUGCCUGUGCUCGACACCGGCUCCACCUGAGCCUGACGACCAUUUCUGCUUCUUACAACUUACAACUUGAGCUCAUGCUGAUUAUAACAAUACUACUGAAAAAAGAAACCAAAUGCUUUGGUAAUGUUUUGUGGUGUUAUUGAAUUUGCAUUUUUCUGUCUACAUUUGUCAAUUACUGGACAUUUUUCAUCAA